AAUAUUCUGUUUACUAUAUAUAUGUAUAUAUGCAUGGUAAGUUAUUAAUACCAUAUAAUUGGACAGUGUUCUCUUCUGCUUUCUAACCAUACACAUGAUCAUGACAUAACUCUGCACCCCUUUUAUUAACAACCUUCUCCCUUGUCACUGCCAUAUAUAUAUACACACACACACGAGGCUUCAAUCCUCCAUAGCUUCGUUUCUUCUGAUUUUACUCUCUCUCUCGCUCUCUCGCUCUCUCUCUCUCUCUUUGUGAAGAAGGGUUGAGAGAGAAACAAAGGGUCAUCGAAGUUUUCACAGAAAAGUUAUAAACAUGGCUGUGGCUGAUGAUGCCUUUGAUGAGCAGUGUGAUUACCUUUUCAAAGCUGUUCUGGUAGGAGACUCAGGCGUUGGGAAGACAAAUCUGAUAUCAAGGUUUGCAAAAGAUGAAUUCAGGUUAGAUUCGAAGCCAACCAUAGGUGUUGAAUUUGCUUACAGAAACAUCAAAGUCAUCGACAAACUCAUCAAAACACAGAUAUGGGACACUGCCGGCCAAGAGAGGUUUAGGGCUAUCACAAGCUCAUAUUACAGAGGAGCCUUGGGAGCAAUGCUGGUGUAUGACAUAACCAAGCGAGCAACUUUUGUGAAUGUAAGAAAAUGGCUUCAUGAGUUGAGAGAGUUUGGAGGAGAUGACAUGGUGGUUGUUUUGGUGGGAAACAAAUCUGAUUUGGCGCAAUCAAGGGAAGUUGAGAAAGAAGAAGGAAAAGGGUAUGCAGAGACAGAAAGGUUGUGUUUCAUGGAAACCUCUGCUCUGCAGAACCAGAAUGUUGAGGAAGCAUUCUUAGAAAUGAUCACCAAGAUUCAUGACAUCAUAAGUCACAAAAGUUUGGAAACCAAAAUCAAUGGCACAUCAUUAAAUCUUCCCAGUGGCAAGGAAAUCCAUAUAGCUGAUGAAGUCACUGCUACUAAACAACCUAAUUAUUGCUGUUCAUGAUUAUAGCUCACAUGAUGAAUUUUUUAUAUACUGCAACUGUCUUUGAUCAUUCAGCUGUUGAUUCUUCCCAUUUAAUUUCCCCACAUUCAUUUUAGUUCUUA